AUGCACGAUGUGAUCCGGAAAGUGAAGAAGAAGGGGGAAUGGAAGGUGCUGGUGGUGGACCAGCUCAGCAUGCGGAUGCUCUCCUCCUGCUGCAAGAUGACAGACAUCAUGACAGAGGGCAUAACCAUUGUGGAAGACAUCAACAAGCGCCGGGAGCCGCUGCCCAGCCUGGAGGCCGUUUAUCUCAUCACCCCCUCGGAGAAGUCCAUCCACUCCCUCAUCAACGACUUCAAGGAUCCCCCCACCUCCAAGUACAGAGCUGCCCACGUCUUCUUCACUGACUCCUGCCCCGACGCCCUGUUCAACGAGCUGGUGAAGUCCCGCGCCGCCAAGGUCAUCAAAACCCUGACGGAGAUCAACAUUGCCUUCCUCCCCUCCGAGUCCCAGGUUUACUCCCUGGAUUCAGCUGACUCCUUCCAGAGCUUUUACAGCCCCCACAAGGCGCAGAUGAAGAACCCGAUCCUGGAGCGGCUGGCGGAACAGAUCGCCACGCUCUGUGCCACGCUCAAGGAGUACCCAGCAGUGCGGUACCGGGGGGAUUACAAGGACAAUGCCAUGCUGGCACAGCUCAUCCAGGACAAGCUGGAUGCCUACAAGGCUGAUGACCCCACCAUGGGCGAGGGUCCAGACAAGGCUCGCUCCCAGCUCCUCAUCCUGGACCGUGGCUUCGAUCCCGCUUCCCCGGUGCUGCACGAGCUGACCUUCCAGGCCAUGAGCUACGACCUGCUGCCCAUCGAGAACGAUGUCUACAAGUAUGAGACAAGUGGCAUUGGAGAGGCCCGGAUUAAGGAGGUUCUCCUGGAUGAGGAUGACGACCUGUGGGUCACCCUGCGCCACAAACACAUCGCUGAGGUGUCCCAGGAGGUGACCCGGUCCCUCAAGGAGUUUUCUUCAAGCAAGAGGAUGAACACGGGUGAUAAGACCACCAUGAGAGACCUGUCCCAGAUGCUGAAGAAGAUGCCCCAGUACCAAAAGGAGCUCAGCAAGUACUCCACCCACCUGCACCUGGCUGAGGACUGCAUGAAGCACUACCAGGGCACUGUGGACAAGCUCUGCAGAGUCGAGCAGGACCUGGCCAUGGGCACUGAUGCCGAGGGUGAGAAGAUCAAGGACCCCAUGAGGGCCAUCGUGCCCAUCCUGCUGGAUGGGAAUGUCAGCACCUAUGACAAGAUCCGCAUCAUCCUGCUCUACAUCUUCCUGAAGAACGGUAUCACCGAGGAGAACCUGAACAAGCUGAUCCAGCACGCCCAGAUCCCAGCAGAGGACAGUGAGAUCAUCACCAACAUGGCCCACCUCGGGGUGCCCAUCAUCACAGACUCCACCCUGCGCCGCCGGAGCAAGCCCGAGCGGAAGGAGCGGAUCAGCGAGCAGACCUACCAGCUCUCCCGAUGGACCCCCGUGAUCAAGGACAUCAUGGAGUGCAUCCUCACCAGGAUCACCAUCAGCAUCCCUCCCUCCUGGCCCCAGGGGCUGGAUCCAGCAGCAGGUCUUGCCCGCUACGGCCACUGGCACAAGAACAAGGCUCCCGGCGAGUACCGCAGCGGGCCCCGCCUCAUCAUCUUCAUCCUGGGCGGGGUGAGCAUGAACGAGAUGCGCUGCGCCUACGAGGUGACACAAGCCAGCGGCAAGUGGGAGGUGCUAAUAGGUUCUACUCACAUUCUCACUCCCACCAAAUUUCUCAUGGACCUGAGGCACCCCGACUUCAGGGACUCCACUAGGGUAUCAUUUGAGGAUCAGGCUCCAGCAAUGGAGUGAGCCAAAGAAAACCAAGUAAAGGCAGCUUAUUAAUGAAAAAAGAAACUCUUCCUCCCCGAAGGGUUUUCUUUGAUUCUUCCGGCCCUCCUCUCUCUGGUUGUCGUGUUGGGUCCUGGGGGGUUCUCUGAUAAGAAA